UUCCAUAUUUUUCCCUCCCAAGACACACUGUGUGAACUUUCAAUAUGCAAACGAGAUCAGCGCGCUUUUUGCUCAGCACAGAGUAGUUUAUGGCUUUCAGACUUAUUUACUCCCUGACCUUCUUUGGCUCUACCUCUUCAUUCAGUGAUGCCCUAUGCACUCGAUUGCCGUCCACUUGUUUACAGAUUCUUGUCGCUUUUACAGGAAUUCUCAAAUAGCCUCAUCCUGGUCAAGUCCAUCCAUGCUCAGACUAUCACCAAUCGCGUACUCGAAGAUCAGCUUUUGGCUACAAAACUUGUCAGGACGUAUUGUGAUCUGGGACAUGUGGGCGAUGCCCGUCACGUGUUUGUUCAAUUUUCUCAUCCGAGAACUAUUCUAUGCAAUGCCAUGGUUGGUGGGUAUGUGAGAAAUGAGCGGUACCAUGAGACCCUUGAGUUAUUUAAAUUGAUGGGGUCUGGCAAUAUGGAGAUUGAUAGUUAUACAUGCAAUUUUGCUCUCCGGGCAUGCAUGGGCUUAUUUGAUUAUAAAAUGGGUAGGGAAGUAAUUAGGAGGGCGGCCGAAAAAGGACUUGAAAGUGACCCUUUUUUGGGGAGUUCGAUUAUUAAUUUCUUGGUGAAAUUUGGUAGUAUUGAUGAAGCACGAAGGGUCUUUGACGCAAUACCCGAGAGGGAUGUUGUUUGUUGGAACUCUAUGAUCGGUGGGUGUGUGCAGGCAUGCCAAUCUAAUGAGGCUUUUGAUUUGUUUUUUGAUAUGCGUCGUUUGGGGAUUAGGCCAAGUCCCGUAACUAUGGUAAGCUUGAUCCAAGCUUGUGUAGAAGCAAGGUAUUUGAAACUUGGCGAAUGUGUUCAUGGGUGUGUACUUGGAUUAGGAAUGGGCGGUGAUGUUUUGGUGCUUACCUCAUUGGUUGAUAUGUAUAGUAAGAUGGGUUAUGUUGAAAUUGCUCGCUGGGUUUUUGAUAGCAUGCCCACAAGAAAUUUAGUAUCGUGGAAUGCUAUGAUGUCAGGAUUUGUUCAAAAUGGUUUGGUGCGAGAAGCUGUUGACCUCUUUCGCAGGUUGGUAUUUAGUGGUGGUGGGUUUGAUUCAGGAACCAUGGUUUGCCUCCUUCAGGGUUGUGCUCAAACGGCUGAUUUGUGCGGUGGAAAAGUCCUCCAUGGUUGUAUGUAUAGGAAGGGUCUUACUUCGAAUCUCAUUUUGUCUACUGCAAUUGUUGAUCUGUAUUCUAAAUGCGGCGCCUUGAAGCAGGCAUCCAAUGUCUUUGACAGAAUGAAACACAGGAAUGUGGUUACUUGGACUGCCAUGCUAGUAGGGCUAGCACAGAAUGGGCAUGCCGAAGAUACCCUGAAUUUAUUUAGUCAGAUGCAAGAAGAGGGAGUUGCAGCCAAUUCUGUCACACUUGUCAGUUUGAUCCAUUCGUGUGCCCACCUAGGCUCUUUGAAAAAAGGAAGAAGCAUCCAUUCUCAUUUAAUUCGCAAUGGUUUUGCAUUUGAUGUAGUUAAUGUGACAGCCCUGAUUGAUAUGUAUGCCAAGUGUGGAAAGAUAAACUCUGCUGAGAGAGUAUUUGGCAGUGGGCUCGUCUCUAGAGAUGUUAUUUUAUGGAACUCGAUGAUAACAGGAUAUGGGAUGCAUGGCCAAGGGCAUCAAGCUGUUGGUGUCUAUCAAAAAAUGAUAGAGCAGGGCCUGAAGCCAAAUCAAACCACCUUUGUUGCUCUUCUGACUGCUUGUAGUCACUCAGGGCUUGUGGAGGAUGGCAUUAUUUUGUUUCACAAAAUGGAGAGAGACCAUAACAUUAGGCCUACUGAGAAGCACUAUGCUUGUUUUGUGGAUCUUCUUAGCCGGGCAGGCCGUAUUGAGGAAGCCGAGGCAUUAGUCAGAAAAAUGCCUUUUCAACCAGGCAGUGCUGUGCUUGAAGCUUUGCUGAGUGGAUGUCGAACUCACAGAAACAUUGAUAUCGGAAUUCAAACAGCAGAUAGAUUACUUCAUUUAGAUUCCAUGAAUCCUGGAAUUUACGUUGUGCUAUCAAACAUAUAUGCUGAAGCAAGGAGAUGGGAUGCAGUAAAUUACAUUCGAGGCCUCAUGAGAUCACGGGGGCUGAAAAAAACACCUGGCUAUAGUUCCAUUGAAGUAGGAAACCAGGUCUACACAUUUUUUGCAGGAGAUUAUAGUCAUCCAAGGUGGGCAUAUAUUUAUCAGUUUUUGGAAAGUUUGAGGCUGGAGGUUGAGGCUUCUGGUUAUGUGCCAGAUACCAGUUGUGUUCUGCGUGAUAUAGAGGAGCCAAUGAAGGUUAAUUUGCUCUGGGGCCAUAGUGAGAGAUUAGCCAUUGCUUUUGGUCUUUUAAGCACGCCAGCUGGGAGCUUGAUUAGGAUCACCAAGAAUCUGCGCGUUUGCACUGACUGUCAUGUUGUGACCAAAUAUAUAUCUAAGAUUGUCAAGAGGGAAAUCAUUGUAAGAGAUGCCAAUCGUUUCCAUCACUUUCUUGAUGGGAAAUGCUCCUGCAACGGCUACUGGUGAUGAGUAAAAUGAGAUCUUCUUUAGAGGAAAUGGCAAGCAAAUGAACCAUAUUGGAAAAACAAACGCAGCCUCACUGGACAUUUCGAAAGCUGCAUCACCAUUCAUUUGGGUUGAAGAACCUAAUUUUAGAGGGAGAUUCACUGGUCAACAUUUAUGCAAACAAGAUAGAGAUUCUCUUUCAACUAGAGGAUAGCUCCAAUGAUCAGUGUUAUCCACACACGCAUGGGAAAAGCAACAAGCUGGAAACCGAACAAGAUCCACAAAAGUGCUGAUGAAACUGCCGCUUCUAACCUCAUUAAUGGAAGCAUCCUCAUUCCUAAAAGCCUCUCCUUGAAGAAUAUCUGAGAUUCUCUAAAGAGGGCUUUCCCAGCUCUCUAUAACAUUGCAACUAAUAGGGAGGCUUCGGUGGCAGAUCUGCUUGUAUUUUCCCAAGGCUCUUAUCAGUGGAAUAUUUUAUUCACUCAGAAUAACCAUGAUUGGGAAUUGUCUACCGUUUCAGAAUUUUUUUAGUUUGAUAUACUCAUCAGAAAGACUACCGGCAUAGGGUGAUAGGUUACAAUGGAGGUGCAGGGGCAACAAGAAGUUCUCAGUCAAGACAUAUUAUAAAAUUCUGACAUCACAAGGUAAUGUACACUUCCCAUGGAAAAGCAUAUGGAGGUCUCGCGUACCUUCCAAAGUGGCUUUUUUUGUGUGGACUGCGGCAUUUGGAAAAAUUCUAACCAUGGAUAAUUUAAGGAAGAGGAGCCUCAUCGUGAUGGAUUGGUGUUUAUGCAAAAAACAUGGAGAACCAAUGGACCAUCUAUUAUUGCAUUGUGAGGUAACGAGAGAGCUGUGGAACGGGAUAUUUUGUAGAGUGGAUGUCGGGUGGGUUAUGCCGGCAAAGGUGGCUGACCUGCUUGUUGAAAGGGUCUACAAGGUUGUUCUUAGGUAGCAGCAGCUUGAAAGAUGAUCCCGUUGUACAUUUUGUGGUGUAUUUGGAUGGAAAGAAAUGCAAGGUGCUUUGAAUAUAGGGAAUGCACAAUGGCGGAGCUUUAGAAUUUUUUCAUACACACUUUACUCCUAUGGUUUUCAGCCAUUGUUAUUAAUGGAAAUAAUGUACAUGAGUUCUUGUCUCUAAUUUAGCUAUUUGAGAAUGUUUUUAGGUGUCUUCUAUUGUAUACUCCUUGUGUAUAUGGGCUAUGCCUAUUCUCAUUCAUAUUA